AUGUCUAUUUAUGACGUUUACCUUCUGCGAGUCGACAUCAUGAAGAACAUCAACUCCUUCCGAAGACACCAGGUCGUAUACUACCCGGAAACUGAAACAUACGCCUUCUACACUCGUGAAGGUCGCGUUGGACUCGAGGGGCGCGGAAGAGUCGAAAUUGAAUCUAACUGCUUCACCACUGUCGCUGACAGAUUUCGCAAGUCUUUUCAUGACGAAACGCACUCGAAUUGGACCAGAAGGUACGAAGCUCUGUUGAGAUGCUACCGGAAAUAUGCUUUCGUUGAGCUCGAUUACCACAAGACCUCGGCCUCUCUUUUGGAACUCCCCGCGUACACGACGAUCAACGCGAAGGUCAACGAGGAGGUCAAGGAUUUGAUGGAGUACAUACUCUUUGGAGGCCCCGCGAGCAGUCGAACCACCAGCAGCGAGAACCCAAGCGCGUCUAGAUCAUGGCUAGCAUUUACGGCUCCGUACGAGCAGCUCAGUUCGUGGGCAGUCUUCUCAGCAUUCAAGACUUUAGAGUAUAUCCGUAAGCACAUCGAGUCCGGCAAUGCCAUCAACUGGAUGACCAUACUCAGGCUCUCGUCGCUGUACCGCAGUCAGAUUCCGUUCUGCUGCGCUGAGGACCGCCCCCCAGUGAUCUCAAGCUACCACGCGCUCUUCCUCGAGGCGAAAUUUCUGUACUGCCUGUGGCCGCAACAGGAGAUCGCUGCCAUGGCGAAGGCAAUGCACUGCCGGGGAUCCCUGCAAUUGGAUACGCACAGGACUCUUGCCCAACCUCUGUACCAGGCUUAUAGCUCUCUGCGGCACGGGUUCCGCCGCCUGACGGACUCGUCAACCACGGAGUUCCGUCAGCUAAGAAACUAUCUGGAGAGAUCGUGCCACCAUAUUCACUGCUUGAACGUGGAGCUAGAGGACAUAUACAGGCUGUUCGUGAAAGCCCAGCUGCCGAACCCGUACCGCGACUGGAUUGAGAGCAAGCAGACCGUCCCUGAUCCAUCCGGUGCUGAAUUGCGGGUGCUACUGUGGCACGGCACGGCGCUGGACUCGCUGCUCGGCAUCCUGGAGCUGGGUCUGCAAGUCCGCCGCCCGGGAGCUACAUGGACGGGCACCAUGUUUGGCAAUGCCAUCUACCUGGCCGACGCGUCGAGCAAGUCUGCUGGCUUCUGCAAGUCUGACGCCUGGGGUGGCCAGGGUAUCCUACUCCUUUGCGAGGCUGACAUCGGUGGGGGGCUCAUCCGCUCGACGACCAGCAUCUACAACGGUCACGAGAUCAUCAAUCAAUCUGGUGGUCGAUACCGCUGCAUCCAGGGGCUCGGCCGCACCGGUCCGUCCAGAUGGAGGGAGGUUGAUUGGGAGUUGGACCCGCCCUUGAGUGGCCGCGUGCCCUUGAUUCCCGAAACGAGAAUUCCCUAUGGUCACACCCACUCUCGAGGCAUCUUGGGAUUCAACGAGUAUGCUCUUUACGAUCCGUCGCACGUGCUGUUGCGGUACCUGUUCCGAGUCAAGAUUAAGCGACGAUUUCACUAG